AUGCCCAAGGAAAAGGUUUCCAGUCGCAAAAGCAAGACUCGCGGCGUCGAGAAGAAGAAGAAAGACCCUAAUGCCCCCAAACGCGGUCUAUCCGCCUACAUGUUCUUCGCCAAUGAGCAGCGCGAUAACGUCCGGGAAGAGAAUCCUGGAAUUUCUUUCGGCCAGGUUGGCAAGGUCCUUGGAGAGAGAUGGAAGGCGUUGAACGAGAAGCAGCGUGCUCCGUAUGAAGCCAAGGCUGCUGCCGACAAGAAACGCUAUGAGGAUGAAAAAGCCAGUUACAAUGCGCACGAGGACGAAGACGAGUCCUCUUAA